AUGCCCGACUCUUACGAGGUCAAAUCUCUCCAUCCUACUUUUGCAUGCGAAUUAUCUGGGGUAGACUUCUCCAAGCCCAUUACCCCGGCUGAAUAUGCCGAAGUUCGAAAGGUUGUCGACGCAUACGGAGUAGUAGUGAUUCGGAAUACUGGAUUGACUGACGAAGCCCACAUCGAGUUCUCAAGAUACUUUGGGGAUCUCGAUGAUGUCACUCCAUAUCAACAAGCUGGUAGAACGCACAGGCUUCCAUACAAAGAGCUCUUCGAUGCCGGUAACAUCGAUCCUGCUACCAAUGGAGUUGCUGCCAUGACUGACGCAACGGUUAUUGGUAACAAGGCGAAUGCUCUCUUCCACGUAGAUUCGUCUUUCAAUGCCCGACGAGCAGGUCAUUCGUUAUUACUCGCCCGAGAACUCCCUCCCAAAGGCACUGGAGGAGCUACCGAGUUCUCGGAUUCUCGUACAGCUUAUGAGGACCUUUCAGAUGACUUGAAGACCAAGCUCGAACCGCUCGUUGGAUAUCACUCUCUGUUCCACUCCAGGAAGACAGCCAUGCCGGAGUAUUUCAAAGACCUCGACGUAGAAAGUCUACCCAUGUCAAAGCACAAAUUGGUUCAGCUGCACGAGAGUUCCGGAAGGAAGAAUCUCUACUUCGCCUCAUAUGUGCACCACCUGGAAGGAGUCGAUAAAGAAGAGUCAGACGCUUUGAUCAAACAGCUCACCGAGCAUGUCUACAAGCCAGAAUAUCGAGUUACUGUUGAUUGGGAGCAGCCUGGUGACCUCAUCAUAUGGGACAAUACUUCUGUCAUGCAUCGAGCGACCGGCGGUACCUACGAAGGCAAAUUCAAGCGUGAUAUGCGAAGGACAACUGUGAAAGACAUGAGUAGUACAAAGUAUGGUCUCAACGGCGAGGGUUCAGUUUGGAGAGUCGGUAUGCCUUAG